AACACAUAUUUUUGCAUUGCUAAAUUGCUAAACUAGAAAAUAAGAUACCACCCCUUGUGUGUUUUUCUGUGACAUUAGAGAGCUGUCAAUGUCAGCAGUAUAUUUUACAGUUGUUUAAAAAACUGCUGAGAAGGGCGGUUUCAGAGGUAACUAGGUAAACGGAAGUAGAAACGGUAGAUUAGUUGACCUAAACAUGGCGCCUUUGCUGGAUCGCAAAAUUGGCGACGCUAUGUUAUCUUCUUUACCCUGGCGAUCAAAAUCUAAUCUCUUGACAUGUUCACUCGUUUUGCUUAUUUACCUGACGUCGCAUCCAUCCUUGGCCAAACCGAGCAGCCUCAAAGAGAUCACGGACGGAAACUGGGAAGACAUCUUGGCAGGGGAAUGGAUGAUUGAAUUUUUUGCCCCGUGGUGUCCGGCGUGCCAACAGCUCCAGCCCGUGUGGAAUGAGUUUGCCGACUGGGGUGAGGACAUGGGCGUCAACAUAGCCAAGGUGGACGUUACUGAACAGCCUGGUUUGAGCGGGCGAUUCAUCAUCACUUCACUUCCGACCAUCUACCACUGUAAGGAUGGUGUGUUCAGGAGGUACCAGGGGGCUCGCACCAAAGAUGACUUGCUAAGCUUUAUUGAUGAGAAGAAAUGGCAGGGCAUUGAGCCCGUGUCUUCCUGGUUUGGACCAUCUUCCUUCAUGAUGAACACAAUGUCCGCUCUCUUCAAGCUGUCAAUGUUCAUUAGGCGUUGCCAUAACUACCUGAUAGAGCAUUUGGGGAUUCCAGUGUGGGGCUCAUAUGUCAUCUUUGGACUGGCCACUCUCUUCUCUGGCCUAGUCCUGGGACUGAUACUGGUGUUCAUUGCAGAUUUUGUCUUCCCAUCACGACGAUUUAACUCCCCAAACUACUACCAGAAGAAACAGACAAUGGAACAAGCCAGGCUAAUUCAGCAGCUGGAGGAGGAGCAGGAAGCGGACGGAGAAGAGGAUGAUGAGGACGAUGAAGAUGGAGAACAGGACGAUGUCUGGAGGAGGAGGAGAGCGUCUCCCGAGGGGCGUCCAGAGGAGGUGCUGCGAAAAAGGGUGGUGGGCAACCGCGAGGACCAGGAUGAGGACUCCUAGAGGCCUGGAGGGGAACUGAAGAUGCCCCUUCAAACAGCGAGGAAGGGGAGGGGGCCUGGUUUGGGGCUUAAGGUCAUUUUUAUAAAGUGCCUCAGAAUAGGAGUACUGAUCUAGGAUUUUUAGAUCAUGAUAACUAAGAUGGACAGGUGGAACUGAUCCCAGAUCAGCACUCCCAUUCUGCGGUGCUUUAUGAACACGGGACCUGGUCCUGAGCAGCAGUAGAGUUUACAGCAGACAGAGCCAUAGCAACACGCUGGCCACGCUGGCCACGCUUCGGCGACGCCUUGCUUCUUCUCCCUUCAGCUUCACCAGGAGUGCCCCGUAUUCUGACCGCUCUGCUCUCACCACCAGCACCCUCCCCUGGACUGGAGGUGCUACUGCACACGCCCAACACCAUUAUCAUGUUCUUUAGGCAUCAAAUGAAGGUAAACAGACUGGAACAGGAAGUGUUUAUCCAUGUCCAAUAUGAAAUUCUCCUUUUUCAUUCUCCGUUGGUAAAGAUUUUUACAAAAAUUGUCCUUAAUGAACACAAUGAACACCUGUUCAUCCUUGUUCUUUUGAAACUGAUCAAUUGGGUGGUUAGGUGAGGUUUCAAGGAAAAUUCCACCUCAAAUAAUUUUUUUGUUUUAUUAGUCCAUUGUUGACAGUCCCAAAAUAUGUGUAACUUUCAAAAUCCAGAAAUCAUCCCCGUGUGAUACAUUUUGUCUCAUGUGAUACAAACUGCAUCAUGCGGGGAUGAUUUCUGUGUUUUGAAAGUUGCAUAUCUUGAAAACUUGAGUGCUGACAAGCAAAACCUUUUGUGACUAUGUCAGCAAUGGACUAAUGAAACGAAUCCCUUCGGAUCGUGUUUGGGUGGAGUUUACCUGACGCUAUGGAGGGCACUAGAACAGGAUCAUUUUACCGCUUUGUGUGCUAUGCAUUUCUUUUGUUUUUAGUGUAUUCUUCAUUAAUCCCUGUUCAACAAAUUAUAUACAGCUCUUGAUCAUUAUUUCAUUGUACACUGUGUGUCCAAAACAUUAGGAACACCUUCCUAACAUUGAGUUUCACCCUCUUUUGACCUCAGAACAGCCUCAAUUGGUC